AUGCAGAAUUAUGAAAUUUUAGAGAAGAUUUAUGAAUCAAAAUCGACACUCAUUCAUAAAGUCAGAAAUAUAAGGGAUAACAACAUAUAUGCCAUGAAAGAGUUUAUUGGAUUUUAUAAUUAAGCUCUAAGCGAAAUAUAAAUUAUGAAACAAUGCUAAAUACCUUUUGUAAUUAAAUUGAAGGAAGUAUUUAGACUCGAUGAUAAUGUAGUAAUCAUAAUGGAAUAUGCGGAUUAAGGAAAUUUAAAAUAGUUUAUAAAUGAGCAUCUUGGAAGUUUCAUUUCUGAGAGGGUGAUUUGUAAAAUUCUUAUACAAAUCGUCUUUGUUUUAAUCUAUUUGAGAGAAAAUAAGAUAUGUUACAAAGGUUUAAAUCCUGAAAAUAUAUUGAUACAUCAAGAAUAAGUGAGGAUUUGCGAUUUCGGAAUUGAUAACUUAAUUUAGCAUCAAAAACCCAGUUACAGACCUCCAGAACUGUUAUUUCAUAAUAAAUUUUCAUACAAAUCGAUGAUGUAUUAAUUUGGUCUUGUAUUAUACGAAUUGACUACACAGAGACAAUUAUUUAAGUUUGAAGUUAUCGAGCAAAUCAAAGCAGUUAUCUUUAAUGGAGGAGCAAUUGUAAAGAUUCCAUAGAUAUAUUCCAAGUAGCUUCGAUUCAUAAUCGCAACUUGUCUUGAUCUCCAAGAAACAGAUAGAUUAGACAUUCGUCAAUUAGUACACAAUGAAAACUUUAAAAUCUUAUUGAAACAAAAGCAUUUCACCUUUACCUAUGAACAAUAAGACACCUUUGAGUUUUGGAGUAAUAAUAAAUAGCAGAAGUAAAAAAGGAAGAGUGUUUGUACUGAUAAUUUUGACUUUGAUUCCAAAGACUAAACACAAAAAGAUUAACAGAUUAUAUAAGAAGAUAAACCAAACAUCAAUAAAACAAUUAACCUAGGACCUAAAACUAACAGUAAGCAGCCUAUUCCUAAAUUGAAUUUAAAAAAACCAAACGAUGACACAUUAACCUUAAGACCAAUUUCAUAAUAAACUAAAGGAACCUAAUCUUAUACUAUUAUUAAAAGUAACACUUUUUCUAGAUAAAAUUUUAUUUCUUCAACUCAUCGAAAAUUAGUUUCCCCAAUUCCUAAACCUCAAUGGAUUGACUUCAUGUAGAAACCUCAAUAUUUAGAUGCUCCAAUCAAACCAUAAACAAUUAUAAAUAAUUUAAUCAAACUAAAAAUGGAAUAAUGUGUUGAAACUAUUGGAAUUGAAGAGACAAGACAAACUCUAAAUAGAUUAAGAUAAGGUGGCUCAGUAAAUGAAUUUCUUUCUAAAUAUCAAGACUCUAAACAUCUUUGCGUAGCCAGACACAUGUAAGAUAUUAUUUCAUUUACAUAAUUAUGA